AUGACUCGAUCACCACUUCAAGCCGCCAGUCGAAUAUCCCACAACGAUGAUAGGCGUAGAGCAACAAAAACGAGUUCAAUGCAACGAGAGGACAGCUCACGCAUUCAACGCGAACGAUUGACGAGGGAUGUCUUAUCACGACAACAAAGCAGCGACAUUCGAUCCACACAAGAUACCACCGUAGCCGGCCCAAUCGUCACCAAUCUCACACCCGAACAAAUGUACUCCAACUUUGAAGAAUGGAUUAAAAUGGCAACUGAUAAUAAAAUCAAUGCGAACAACAGUUGGAAUUUUGCAUUGAUCGACUACUUUCAUGAGUUGACUUUCCUACGUGAUGGAGACAGCAUCAACUUCCAAAAGGCCUCCGUAUCACUGGAUGGCUGUGUCAAGAUUUAUACUUCUCGAGUGGAUUCCGUGGCUACUGAAACUGGCAAAUUGCUAAGUGGUCUAGCCGAUAGUGGAAGAGAUGGCGAUGAGGAAGAUGAAUUGCAAAGUACCAGCGAAAGACGUGUUCGAAAACGGGGCAAUCGUGCUGCCGAUAGUACGUUACUUACCAGCUUCUCAUCAAUCGCUCUCAAGAAGUUUGAUUUGGAUUUUGCCGUCGAUCCCUUAUUCAAAAAGACAUCAGCCGACUUUGAUGAAGGAGGAGCACGUGGUCUUUUACUCAAUCAUUUGUCCUUGGAUCGUGAAUGCAAGAUUAUCUUUGAUGCUUCUGAUGCCAGCAAUGCCGAUCCAGAAUCAGACAAGACCGAAUUAGAGGAUAUCACACAUGACGACGAUCAUAUGGAUGCGGAUGGAAAUCAAAUCGACAACGACUCGCAGCAUGAAGAACAACAGCAACCUACAGAGACAUCUCAGCACGAAGAGGAACAACCACAACCUACAGAGACAUCUCAAGACGAUCCUAUGGAUGUGGAUAAUGAUGGAGGAGCUCAACCAGAGAAUGAGCAUGGAAGCGAGCCACAACCAACAGCUGAUGAACAACAACCAAAUGCUAUCGAAGAAUCACAACAAUCCCAAAAAGAGAUCCUUGUUGAGAUUUCACGACUCAAAGCAAGAAUGCCAGACAUCGAUGCCCUCAAAGAUCUUCAAAUUUGCCCAUCUCUUCAAGGAUACAACUUUUUCUCUGAAACCGAUCUCAACAUGCCAUCACUUGAUCACGACGAACCUGGCAACAUUCUUGACGGCAAUGUCAAUCUACCAAACGACAAUAUGGAUUUACCCGACUUUGGUGUCCAGGAUGGUUUUGAUGAUGAUUUCGCUGUCGAUUUCUUUGAUUACGAUGAUGGUGGUCCUAUGGAUAGUCCUGAUGAUCCAUUGAUGGGCGAGGAUGAUAGACUUAUGGGUGGUGAAAAUGAUUCAGCAGGCAAUGAGCCCGCACUUCAUGAAGAAGACUUCCUUGGUGCUCUAAUGAACGAUGAUGGAAAUGAGCUCUUCAGCUACUUUGACUCGACGUUUGCAAAGAAUUGGGCUGGCCCUGAACAUUGGAAACUACGAAGACCUGUAUCCAAAAUACAAUCCAAACCCACUACGGAGACUGAUAGUCAUGAUGGUGGAGAGACGUCUCGGAAAAAGAGUCGCCAAGGAUUUCAAAUCGACUUUCUCGAAGGGGAAGACGUGGAUGAAGAGGAGUUAUUUGCACCCGACAAACCAGCAAGGAUCACCAUAUCCACCGGGAAAGAAGCUGCUGUUGAAGACAAGAUACAUGUUUUACCUGACGACAUGCACUUUUCAUCAAAACAACUUCUCAGGCUUUUCUUGAAACCUAGAUCAGUGAUGUGGGGACGUAAGAAACCACGAAGGGAAGAAACAGAAGCUGAACAGUCACCGGCACCACCACCACAAGAUGAUUACGAUGGAGGUUUCGACGAUUUUGAUUUUGGACCGGAUACGCAGUAUUGGGCUGAUCAACAGAUUGAUGAUACACCAGCGGAUGACGAGCCACCGGCAACCGAUGCAUCAAUGGCUGAUCAGACAUUCUUAAGCGGUUACGAUGAUUCGUUUUAUCACGACAGCUACUAUGAAGCAUACGAUGAUCCUGAAACAUCUCAAUAUGGUGAUCCUCUUAUUACCAACCAUCGACUCAAGAAGAGCAAGCCACUUUAUGUCAACUAUGCUCGGACUGCAAAACGUGUUGAUGUCAAGAAAUUAAAGGAGAACUUAUGGAAGGUGCUUGUAAGCAACAAGCGUGAUGUACCGGACCGCAUGGAUCAAGAAAACGAAGGCGAUGAUGAAAAGGUCGAAGGCGUUCAGAGGUUUACUGAUGUCCUACAUGAUCUGAGGAGAUUAUACCAUCCCAAGGUGUUCCGUGACAUUUCGGUUCCCUUCUGCUUUAUAUGCCUGCUGCAUUUGGCGAAUGAAAGAAACCUUACUAUUGGACGUUCAUCAAGCUCAAAUGAAGAUGACGACGACGACGACGACGAAGAUAACUUUGUUCUGGGAGAGACACCAAUGGAUGAAAAGUUCUUGAACGAGUUAACAAUUGUACAAAAUGUAUAG